GAGCAUCUUAGCCAGGCGGGGCCGGACGUGAGCGCACUUCCGAGAGGAGGGAUUUAGGAUGAGGGUCGCUGGCCGCGCAGGCGAGGAGGGAGAUGGCUGCUAGUACCACUACUCCUAGGACACCUGUAUUGUCCAUAAGUGCAAGAAAAAUUAAAGAUAAUGCAGCAGAUUGGCACAACCUAAUGAUGAAAUGGGAAACCUUGAAUGAUAAUGGAUUUUCUAUUGCUACCAAGAUUGUGAACAUCAAAAAUGCUACACAGUUUAAAGACAGCAAAUUGGAGAUAGAACAUGAGGAUCCCUCUGACCAUGAAAGACUGUCACUUAAUUAUAACAUGGAACUGGAGCAGUGCUGUACAGAACUACUUGAGACUUUUAAAAAUUUGGCUAAAAUACAUGAGAAAAUGGAAAAACUGUGUUCAACAACUAAAGGGGUCUGUGAUCUAGAAACAUACCAUCAUGCAGGAGAACCCAAGGCACCAUUAUUUCACACAUGGCCUGUUUCCUAUUUCUAUGAUAUCUCCCUCAAGUUCUUAGAUAUGUAUUCACAGGAACUAAAACUCAAGCACACCAUUGUGGAAGAAAUUGCUCAUACUGCUGACCAAGAUCUACUGAUGGUCUAUUUAUCAUCAUGGUUAUAUCAGCCCUACAUUGACAACAGCAACAUUGUUUUAUUAGAAAGUAUGUUGUUAGAAACAGGGCACAGGCAGUUAUAACUUUACCUAUUUAUUUCAUAUAUCACCUUAAACCUUUAAGUAGCAAGAGAUAUAGUGCUAAUAUUGUUAUGGAUUUAUAUUUUAUUACACUUUUAUUUGCAGCUUAUUUAUAAUAAAAUUCUUGCAUUUUUAUGAUUUAUAAAGCUGCUUUUUGUUCCAUAUAUCACAAAGCACAGUUUCAUUCUAUUUUGAAUGAAUUAUGAGCAACAUGGUUAUUUUCAGAAUAAUGUAUAGUUUAUCUGGGUAUGUAACUGAGCAGUGAGAAAAUUAGUGAUAUCUAAGUAAUUUAAUCCCUAAUAUUUAUAACAUAUCAAUAUGUGGGAGUAGUUUCCUCAAUCUCCUCAAACUGGAUAAAAGGUAUCAAGGAAAAUCUACAAUCUUGUACACUUCUCCACUUAUAUGAAAAUAAACCUGCAUAAUUAUAUAUAUUGUACAUAAAUAUACACAAUGUGCAGAAGAUAUAGUUUCUCUACUUUCAGACUCAUAUCUUGAUUAAACAUUACUACUGGCAUAU